AUGCCCCGAGCCCCGCUUAGCGACAGCCUCUGUCGCCUCUCGGCCUACCUGGAAGAGCUGGAGGCCGUGGAGCUGAAGAAGUUCAAGCUGUACCUGGGCGCGUUGCCGGAGGCUGAGGGGGGCAGGAUCCCCUGGGGGAAGCUGGAGCCAGCGGGGCCCCUGGACACCGCACAGCUGCUGGUGGCUCACUGCGGGCCGGGCGCGGCCUGGCCACUGGCGCUGGGCCUCUUCCAGCGCAUCCACCGGCGGGACCUGUGGGAGAGAGGACAGAGAGAGGACCCGGUGAGGGAUACUCCACCUGAUGGCUCAUCCUCACUGGAGAGCCAGUCAGUAUGUCGUCUGGAAGUCUUUCCUGGAACUCCAAGGAAAGAUCCCCGGGAAACCUACAAGGACUACGUCCGCAGGAAGUUUCGGCUGAUGCAAGACCGAAAUGCGCGCCUGGGGGAAUGCGUCAACCUCAGCCGCAGGUACACCCGCCUCCUCCUGGUGAAGGAGCACUCAACUCCCAUGUGGGCCCAGCAGAAGCUUUUGGACACAGGCUGGGGACAGGCAAGAGCCGUGGGGCACCAGGCCAGCCUCAUCCAGAUGGAGACCCUCUUUGAGCCGGACGAGGAGCGCCCCGAGCCCCCGCGCACUGUGGUCCUGCAGGGAGCGGCCGGGAUGGGCAAGUCCAUGCUGGCCCACAAGGUGAUGCUUGACUGGGCCGACGGGAAGCUCUUCCAAGGCAGGUUUGAUUAUCUCUUCUACAUCAACUGCAGGGAGAUGAACCAGAGCACCUCGGAGCAGAGCGCCCGGGACCUCAUCUCCAGCUGCUGGCCGGAGCCCAGCGUGCCCCUCCAGGAGCUUGUCCGAGUCCCCGAGCGCCUCCUGUUCAUCAUCGAUGGCUUCGACGAGCUAAAACCCUCUUUCCACCACCCUCAGGGCCCCUGGUGCCUCUGCUGGGAGGAGAAACAGCCCACGGAGCUUCUCCUCGGCAGCCUGCUUGGGAAGAAGCUGCUGCCUGAGCUGUCCAUGAUCAUCACCACCAGGCCCACGGCUCUGGACAAGCUCCAGCGCUUGCUGGAGCAUCCCAGGCACGUGGAGAUCCUGGGCUUCUCGGAGGCCGAGAGGCGGGAGUACUGCUACAAGUAUUUCCACAAUGCAGAGCAGGCCGCUCAAGUCUUCAGCUUCAUGAGGGACAACGAGCCCCUGUUCACUCUGUGCUUUGUCCCCAUGGUGUGCUGGGUCGUGUGCACCUGCCUCAAGCAGCAGCUGGAGGACGGGGGGCUCCUACGACAGACGUCCAGGACCACCACGGCCGUGUACCUGCUCUACCUCCUGAGUCUGAUGCAGCCCAAGCCGGGGAGCCCCACCCUGCACCCCCCGGCCAACCAGAGGGCGCUGUGCUCUCUGGCGGCGGACGGCGUCUGGAAUCAGAAGAUCCUCUUUGAGGAGCAGGACCUCCGGAAGCAUGGCCUCGAUGGGGCAGAUGUCUCCUCCUUCCUCAACAUGAACAUCUUCCAGAAGGACAUCAACUGUGAAAAGUUCUACAGCUUCAUCCACCUCAGCUUCCAGGAAUUCUUUGCCGCCAUGUACUACAUCCUGCGCGCCGGGGAGACCGGGUCCAGCCCAGAGCAGAGCGUGACGAAGCUGUUGGCGGAGUACGGGUUUUCGGGAAGGAGCUUCUUGGGGCUCACCGUGCGCUUCCUGUUUGGCCUCCUGAACGAGGAGACAAGGAGCUACCUGGAGAAGAGUCUCUGCUGGGAGGUGUCGCCUCACGUCAAGCUGGAGCUGCUGGCCUGGAUCCAAAGCAAAGCUCGGAGCGAGGGCUCCACCCUCCAGCAGGGCUCCCUGGAGCUCUUCAGCUGCCUGUACGAGAUCCAGGAGGAGGAGUUUAUCCAACAAGCCCUGAGCCACUUUCGAGUGCUUGUCGUCGGCAACAUCACCACCAAGAUGGAGCACGUGAUUGCCUCCCUGUGCGUGAAAAACUGCAGGAACGCCCUGACCGUGCGCCUGCACGGGGCUGCCUACAGCCCGGAAGAGCACGAUGGCGGGAAAUGGACUUCCGGGCCCCAGGCGCUACCCGCACCGUCACCCGAGACGAACGUGUUGCCAGAUGCCUACAGCAAGCAGCUCGCUGCGGCUCUGAGCACGAAUCCACAUCUGCGGGAGCUGCUCUUGGACCACAACGCCCUGGGCAGCCGGGGCGUGAGGCUGCUCUGUGAAGGGCUCAGACACCCCAGCUGCAAACUUCAGAACCUGAGGUUGAGGAAGUGUGAGCUGGAGGCCGGUGCUUGCCAGGAGAUCGCCUCUGUGCUCAGCACCAAUCAGCAUCUAGUGGAGUUGGACCUGGCGGGGAAUUCGCUGGAGGAUUUGGGUCUGAGGCUGUUAUGCCAAGGCUUGAGGCAUCCAGUGUGUAGACUGCGGAUCCUGUGGUUGAAGAUUUGCGACCUUACUGCUGCUGCCUGUGAGGACCUUACGUCCAUCCUCAGUGUGAACUGCAGCCUGAGGGAGCUGGACCUAAGCCUGAAUGACCUGGGGGACCCCGGGGUGCUGCUGCUGUGUGAGGGCCUCAGGCAUCCCCAGUGUAGACUCCAGACCCUCCGGUUGGGCAUUUGCAGGCUGGGCUUGGCCGCCUGUGAGGGUCUCGGUGCUGUGCUCCAGGUCAACCCCCACCUACGGGAGCUGGAUCUGAGUUUCAAUGACCUGGGCGACAGGGGCAUGUGGCCGCUGUGCGAGGGGCUGGGACACCCCACCUGCAGACUCCAGAAACUGUGGCUGGAUAGCUGUGGCCUCACAGCCAAAGCUUGUGAGCAUCUUGCUUCCGCCCUGGGCGUCAGCCAGACCCUGACGGAGCUUUAUCUGACCAACAACGCCCUGGGGGAUACGGGGGUCAGGCUGCUGUGCAAAGGGCUGAGUCAUCCUGGCUGCAAACUUCGAGUGCUCUGGUUAUUUGGGAUGGACCUGAACAAAAUGACGCACAGAAGGCUGGAUGUGCUUCGGGGAACAAGACCUCACCUGGACAUUGGCUGCUGA